AUGGAAUCCUCCAACGUAAUCGCCUGGCUGCUCCCCUCCUCCACAAACCAACCAGCCCUCGAAACAAUCCGCAUGCCCCAAAACGCAUCCCGAAUCGUCUCCACGAUCCCCUCAUCCUACGAACCCAUUAUCCAAACACCCAACCCAAGCCAACUCCCACCCACGACACCAACAAUCGACCCCUCCCUCCUCACCAAAUCCUCCUCCUUCGAGGCAUCUCCCACCAAACCCCGCCCAGCACUCUCUCUUACCUUCACAUCACCACCCAAAUCCAACCCAGGCUUCAUCCUCGGCACCGACCCCUCUCUCGCAGACAUCCUCCUCCCCUCCCUUCCAGGCAUCGCCCCAGCCCACUGCCACAUCACCUUUGACGCCUCCCACCGCCUCGUCCUGAUCGACACCUCGCAGACCGGCACAGCCGUCUGGUACGACGGCGCCAGCACCGGCGACCGCACCCGCGAGUCCUGGGUCCUCAGCGCGGGCAGCACCUACGGCUUCCCCUCCAUGGUCGACCGUGUCGUAAUCGACAUCCAAACCGUGCGCUUCCAAAUCAUCCUCAACGAAGCGCACGUCCUCCAGCCGGAGAUCUACGCCGAGAACGUCGAGACCUUCAUCAUCCUAGCCUCCAUCCUCGCCUCCCACUCCCACUCCCACUCUACCUCCUCACACUCGCAAAAAGAAGACCACCUCGUCCGCCGCGACGAAAAGGACGUCUGCGACUUUUACUACAACUUCAACUUUGACCUCGGCUUCGACCUCGACUACGACUGCGACUACGACUUUGACUAUGACAUGUCCGACGACGAAAUGGUAGACGACGUCGCCGACGAGGACAAGAUGGAUUUCCUCCCGCCCAUCCCUUCCGUCGUGCCGCCCGCGUAUGUCAAGUACCUGCUCACCUCGGACGACGGGGCGCCGCCAGAGACGUACCUCUGGAACUCGGCGCGGCCUUGGGAGCCGAUGGUCAAGGUCGCUUGCUGA